AUGAGCAUGAGUGGAAAUCAUAUAGGUGACCUUGGGGUAGAAUGGAUAACAAAUGCAUUACAAGUUAAUACAACAUUGACUACACUUCAUUUACAAUUAAAUGACAUUGGAGAUACUGGAGCAAAAUACUUAUCUCAUUUACUGACUAAUAAUAAAACACUCGGAUGUCUUUCCUUAGCCCAGAAUUUGAUUGGAAACAACGGUGCCGAACUUCUUGCUGCUGCUUUAGAAACUAAUAAGACGUUAGCUAAACGAGAUCUUCAGCAAAAUCAAACAAGUGAUCAAGAUGCGAAAAGUUUAUUGGAUACUUUACAAAAUAACCAGACACUUAAAACACUAAGUCUUCGUUCAAAUCAAAUUGGAAAUCAAGGAGCCCAAUCUAUUGCUAAUGCAUUAGCACAGAAUAGAAUUUAUCGACAGACACUCAAAAUAGUUGAGCUUAAAAACAAUCAAUUAGGUGAUGAUGGUGUACGCUGCAUUAUUCAAGCAUUAGCCAAUAGCCAGAUGCUAACUGUACUCAAUCUUCAAACAAAUCUUAUUACUUCUGCUGGUAUACUGGAUUUAGUUGCUAUGUUACAUACUUUACCGAAAAUCAGUAAAUUGGAUCUUUCUUGCAAUAAAAUUGGUGAUGAAGGUGCAAAACAUAUUGCAAAUUUGCUUGAAACCAAUACUACAUUAAAUGUGAUCAAUCUUCAUCGAAAUGAAAUCGGAAGCGAUGGUGCACAGUAUCUUAGUGAUGUUUUAAUACAUAAUCAGACGCUGAAAAAACUCGGUAUGAGUUUCAAUAAAUCUAAUGAUUGUUGUAUCUUAGAAUUUCUUGUUGCAAUACGAUCGAACAGUGCAAUAGUCGUAACACUUGAUAAUAAACAGAUUGAAGAAAAAUUUACACAACAACUUGCAAAUGCCUUGAAAAAUAAUACAUCUGUAAGAACACUCAAUCUUAAUAGUAAUAAAAUGAAUGAUCAAUGUCUGGGAUAUCUUGUUGAUACUUUGAAAAAUCAUAAGGGAAUCACAUCGCUGAACCUUGACAAUAAUCAAAUUACUGAUGAAGGUGCACAAUAUCUCUGUGAAAUAAUGAAAAAUAAUAGUAAACUUAAAAUACUAAGCUUUCGUUCAAAUAAAAUCGGGAAUGAAGGAAGUCGAAUGAUUGUUAAUGCACUGAUAAAUAAUACAACUCUCGAAAAGUUAUAUCCCACUCAGCAUCAAUAUGGAGUUGCUGAAACUAUUUGUGCCAUUCGAAAUGGCGAUGUCCCUAAUCGGAUACACCUUGAGUACAAACGUAUUGAAGAUAUAGAUUUACAAUAUCUCUGUCAUAGUUUGAGAUAUAACAUGAGGAUUACUACGAUCAAUCUUAAUAAUAACAAAAUCGGCGAUAUUGGAGCACAACAUAUAACUGAUAUACUUCGAAACAAUACGAACAUCACUGAACUUUUACUUCACUCAAACAGUAUUAGUGAUGAAGGUGCAAAAUAUUUGGCUAGUGCAUUAAAAGAUAAUAAAACUUUAAUGAAGUUAAAUUUAUAUCGCAACAAAAUUGGAAUCAAUGGAGCUAAAUCAUUUGCUGAAGCACUAUCAAAGAAUACGACAAUAUUGGAAAUUGAUCUAAGAAGAAAUGAAAGUGGUUAUGCUGCUAUUGUAGGAGCUAUUAUCGAAUUAAGAAACAACAAAGUAUAA